GGGCGCCGGCGGAGGAGCCCUGGCAGUCCUGCCGCGCGGGGCGCUGGAAGCGGAGGGGCCGCGGGGAGCGCAGCGCAGCGCCCGGAGCCCGGCGGUGGCGGCGGCGGCAGCAGCGGACCGAAGGAGCCGAGCUCGCCCCGCGCUCCCCUGAAUGACGGGCGGCAGGUUCGACUUCGACGAUGGCGGCACCUACUGCGGCGGCUGGGAGGAGGGCAAAGCCCACGGGCACGGCAUCUGCACCGGGCCCAAGGGGCAGGGCGAGUACGCGGGCUCCUGGUCCCACGGCUUCGAGGUGGUGGGCGGCUACACCUGGCCCAGCGGCAACACCUACCAGGGCUACUGGGCGCAGGGCAAGCGCCACGGGCUGGGCGUGGAGACCAAGGGCAGGUGGAUGUACCGGGGCGAGUGGUCGCACGGCUUCAAGGGGCGCUACGGGGUGCGGCAGAGCCUCAGCACCCCGGCCCGCUACGAGGGCACCUGGAGCAACGGGCUGCAGGACGGCUACGGCGUGGAGACCUACGGGGAUGGAGGUACAUACCAGGGACAGUGGACAGGAGGGAUGCGGCACGGAUAUGGUGUACGUCAAAGUGUACCUUAUGGCAUGGCAACUGUGAUCCGGUCACCCCUCCGAACAUCUCUAGCCUCACUUCGUAGUGAGCAGAGCAAUGGCACUGUUCUGCAUGACAUUACUUCAGACAGCCCAGCUGGAACAAGAGGUGGGUUUGUUUUGAAUUUUCACAGUGACCCGGAAGCCAUGAGUAGUAAGAAAAGAGGCGGCUUGUUCAGAAGAGGAUCCCUUCUUGGUAGUAUAAAACUUAGAAAAUCUGAAUCUAAAUCAUCAAUAUCUAGCAAACGUAGCUCUGUCAGGAGUGAUGCUGCUAUGAGCAGAAUUAGUUCUAGUGAUGCCAACUCUACGAUUAGUUUUGGAGAUGGUGACUGUGAUUAUUGCCCUAUGGAAGACCAUGUUGAUGCCACCACAACAGAAACGUACAUGGGAGAGUGGAAGAAUGACAAGCGCAGUGGUUUUGGUAUUAGUGAGCGUUCAAAUGGUAUGAAAUAUGAAGGAGAAUGGCUAAAUAAUAAAAGGCAUGGAUAUGGAUGCACCAUAUUUCCAGAUGGCACAAAGGAAGAGGGAAAAUAUAAAAACAAUGUUUUGGUCCGUGGAAUAAGGAAGCAACUUAUACCAAUAAGAAACACCAAAACUAAAGAAAAAGUGGACAGAGCCCUAGAGGGUGCACAAAGGGCAGCUGCUAUGGCAAGAACCAAAGUGGAAAUUGCAUCUUCAAGAACUGCACAUGCAAGAGCUAAAGCUGAUGCUGCGGAUCAGGCUGCUCAGGCUGCUCGCCAGGAAAGUGAUAUUGCACGAGCAGUUGCCAGAGAACUUUCACCAAGUUUCUACCAACCAGGCCCUGAUUAUAUCAAACAAAGAUUUCAAGAAAGCGUGGAGGUAAAAGAAAACCCUGAAGAAAAGGUUCAAGAAAAAACACCUUCCCCCAAAGAGUCUCCUCAUUUUUAUCGAAAAGGCACUACACCACCUGGGACACCUGAAGCAAGCCCAAAGCACAGCUCUCCUCUUCCAUCUGAGCCCUCCCCUACCAAACAACUGAAAAGGCAAAACUCCAGCUCAAAGGCAAGACUCACUCAAGAAAAAAAGAGUUUAGCUAGUGAGACUGUAACAGCUGUGGUCAACAAGCCUCUGUAUUCAAAAGUACCCGCAAAGGAGGAGAUAGCGGUGAAACAUCAGCCAAAGUUUUCAGCCCACCACAAUCCCAUCAGCACAGAGAAUGGGGAGCUGCAUGGUCACUACCAUGGCUACUACGUAAAAAUGAAUCCAACGCUGCUUCCACAGGAGCUCAGGGAGGAGGAUGAAGAUGUCAACCCAUUACCUUCAGCACUCACACGGAUACCAACUCCACAGAAGCCAAGUCCUGCCAGAUCUGUGACUAAUCCAGAUGCCAAAGAAAGCAAAUCUGAUACAAAAGUAAAGAAACCUGAACUUGCUGCACCAAAGAAUCCCACUAAUAAUGAGUCCCAUUCUUCAGCAGAAGUGGAAAUCCAUUCGGGUCCUAACUCAGUCAUGAUUGCCCUGGUAAUGCUGUUGAAUAUUGGUUUAGCCAUUCUUUUUGUCCAUUUUCUAACUUGACUGGAAUUAGAGAAGGUAAGAAAGGUCUUGUUUCUAUAGAAGAACACCAUAUCCAAAUCAGUUUGAUUCCCCAGUUCAAAUUAUAAAGAUUUACAAACUUUUAAUGUUCCCUACUUUAAUUUUAGCUAUGCCUGAAUGUGAUUCAACAUAGUUACUUAAUGAUAUAAUUGUUUUGACCCUUCAGUGAAGUCAUGACAACUAGUGGUGUUAGCCCACAAUUCUCUGCAGUUGUCUCAUCAGCCUUUUAAAUGGCACCAGUCGUACUCAGACACAGGGAAGGAGGCUUGGAAUUAGGAUGGGACGCAAGAGAGAUGACACUUGGAAAAUUCAGCCAGGGGCCUGAUCAGUUUCUCUACUGAUGAUUUGUGGCUUUGGGGUCCUCUGGAAGCUGAAGCAAGCAGCCAUGUUGGAAAACAACAACAAAAAUCUGCUGAAGCAGCCCAACCAGUGAAGUGCAUUGGCUACUCCAUCUGUUCCAGCAGUGUGUGACUAAACUGGAAAUGUACGGAGCUGCACUUUUUGUUGAUGGAAGCUAACAGCUGCCUUAUUAUUUUACCGUCUGAUGUUUUUAGUAGGGAGAUCGGAAAACGACUGCCAGAGGAAUGUGGUCAGAGGAUUCAGUUGCUGUGGAAGUGAUUCCAGCGUUCACUCCUAUCUCAUUAGAAGAAAUAGUUAGCAGCAUCACUCACCAGUCUUAUUCCAUUACCUGCUGCUUUUAACAUCUCCUGCAAUGGUCGGGGAGAUUGAAUUUCAUUUGCUAGUGCAUGAUUCUGUUUUCGCUGUUGUUUAAACCUGAUGUAUAGCCAUAAUAUAGUAUGUAGAGCAACCUGGAGAAAUGUACUAGUUGCAUCUAGCAGCAGAGAAGCUAAGCUCUGUUAUACAUACAGUAUAUAUAUUUUUUUAUCUGAAGGUACAAUUCUUGAAACUAAUUUUCCUAAAUUAUUAAGGUUUAGCAGGUAAUAUACAGUAAUGGCAAAGUUUUAAGCUGUCCUUUAUAGCUUCCAAAAAAUGCUCAAAUGCUUGUGUCAAUAGCAAGCCAAUUUAUAAUACCAUGAGAGUCUUCAGGGAGUACCAGUACGUUAGAAAAAGGAGGCAGAAUAUCUUGAGAAAUAGGAUUGAAGUUUUGUGUGGUUUUUCUCCGACACCAGUGUUGUGGUAAUCGGUUAUUUGAAUGAUUAUAUUUUAAUAUUGGGAUUUUUGCCAGCAGUUAAAGUCAAGUCUUGUCCAAGUGGACAUUAAUGCCAAUGAAACCUAAGCUAGUUACUACAUACAAAAAUAUUAUUAAUUUUAAAAUACUAGCUUUGUGUUGAAUACAUUCAGGUAGAGCGUUUAGAUCCAUUGAAAUAAUUGUUUAAUCAAUUAUAUGGCUUUAAUGUCUUUAAAGUCCGUAGAUAAUUUUACCUCAACAAAACAAAAAAAGAGAGAGCCACAGAAAUUUUGAUUUGGAACAUUUGUCUUAAGUUGUUUUAUAGUCCUAUGUUAUGCUGAUGUGAUCAGUGUUUUUUCAUGUGCCAUUACACUGUAAUUACUGUACCCUGUAUUACUCAAAAGCAUGCUUCUUUACUUACAGAAGUUUAUGUGGUGUGAUCAUUUUAAAUUAAAAUAUUUACUUUCAAAUCAAAAAUAGAAAAGGGCUUGGAAUAUGGUUUAUUUUAUCUCUAUUAGAAAAGAUUUCAUAAUUUUUAGUUUUUGAACAUGUUUGUAAACUUUGUAAUUGUUUGCAUGGUUUAAUGGAGAAGUUUCUUAAAAGCUACAUUAGGUAUCUUUUGAUGCAGCACAUAAAGUAACAUAGGUAUGGAAUGAAUAUUGUGUAGCCUGAUACAGCUCAGUGCAGAACAAUAACACUGUGUUUUAUGCAGAAGUAUGUUGAGAAUCCUGUGGUUUGACCAGUGUGGAAGAAAGCAGAAAGAGAGCAAAUGAAAAUAACUGGUAUAUUUAUUUAUUUUUAAAAAGAAGUAAAAUCAUGUUUUACUUUUAAAUUUAAGAAAGUAAUUUUUAAAUGAGAACACAUUUUAAAGUUACUGUAAGCCUUGAAGUAAGGGAUAAAUGCUCCUGCCCACCCCAUGUCUCCUUACAAAGAGAACUAAUUUUUUAACUGACAUUUAAUUCUUAUUCAAUGUUUAUUUAAAAUACUUUAUGCUCUGAAAAUAAUGGGGUAACAAUCAGCUUCUGAAAAUGUUUAUAAAUUUAAGCAUGUUAGUACAAUUUAUAAAUAUGUAUGAUUUAUAAGCUUUUCUAAAACAAAGCUCAAAAAUUGUUGGUAUUUUUCUAAAAUGUGCACAGCUGUAUUUUACAUGAAAGGCUAUUUAUAAUUGGUUGUUAUACUGUACACUACAUUUCGGACAGCACAUGAAGCCUGCCAAUGUACUUAAUAAUGUCACUUUGUCUAUUUAAAGUUUCUUGCUGUGAAAAAAAAUGAACUCUUUAUGUAGGAGUUUCUCUAUUUAUAAAAGUCUUGAACCCAAAAUGUAUAAUGUACAGUUUCCACGACUGUAUUUGCUCUAAUAAAAAGUUGGUUAUUAA